AUGGCAAAACCCGAAACAAAGUUCAACCUAGGCUCCGUCCUAGUAGUCGGCGGCUGCGGCUUCCUCGGCUCGCACAUUGUGCGCAUGCUCCUCGACGACUACAACUGCAGCGCCGUCUCGGCCGUCGACCUCCGCUGCACCCGCAACCGCCGCGAGGGCGUGCAGUACCACGACGCCGACAUCACCGACGCGGAGCGCCUCGUGUCCGUCUUCGAUCAGGUCCGCCCGGACGUCGUCAUCCACACGGCCAGCCCGCUGGCUCAGGGCAGCAGUGUCGUCCACCGCGACAUCUACUACAAGGUCAACGUCGAGGGCACCAGGACGGUCGUCGAGGCCUGCAGGAAGGCGGGUGUCAAGGCACUGGUCUUUACGAGCUCGGCCAGCGUCAUCAGCGAUAAUGUUUCAGACCUCAUCAACGCCGACGAGCGCUGGCCCAUGAUUCGGGGCGAGAAGCAGACCGAGUACUAUUCCGAUACCAAGGCAGAAGCAGAAGAAAUCGUCCUCAAGGCCAACGAGCCCGGCAAGCUCCUCACCGCCGCGAUCCGCCCGUCCGGCAUCUUCGGCGAGGGCGACAGCAUGGUGACGGCCAACCUGGUCAAGACGUACCGGGAGGGCAAGUGGAAGGUGCAGGUGGGCGACAACAACAACCUGUUCGACUUCACGUACGCGGGCAACGUGGCGCACGCCCACCUGCUGGCGGCGCGCGCGCUGCUCGUGACCUACUCGGCCAAGACGCAGCCCCUGGACCACGAGCGCGUCGACGGCGAGGUCUUUCUCGUCACCAACGACUCGCCCGUCUACUUUUGGGACUUUGCGCGCCUCGUCUACCGCGCGGCCGGGAACCGCGAGGGCCUCGACAAGGUCUGGGUCCUGCCGCGCGACGUCGGCAUCGCCCUGGGCUGGUGCUCCGAGACGGCCGCCUGGCUGCUCGGCCGGCCCGUCCCGACCUUUAGCCGCCAGCGCAUCAUCUACAGCACCAUGACCAGGUACUACAACAUCACAAAGGCCAAGCAGCGCCUGGGCUACGCCCCGAUCGUGAGCAUGGAGGAGGGCGUCAGGAGGGGUGUGCAGUACAUUUUGGACCAGGAGAAGGAGACGGGCAAGCCCAUCUGCUAA